AUGGACUGUGCCACACACUGGCGAAUACAGAAUAGAAGCAAUAGGAGCCUCAGGGGGUACGGUGAGGACAGUAUCAUCAAGAACGGUGGAAGAGGGGCACGAAUGAUUGGAAACUUUAUUUUGACCAAAGAUGAGAUCAUUCAUAUACUUGUUGGUCAAGAAGGGAAAAAAGGGAAGAAAAACUUAAAAAGUGCUGGAGGUGGUGGAGGUACAUUUGUUGUGAGACGAAACAACACGCCUUUAAUCAUAGCUGGAGGUGGAGGGGGAAUCAAAAAUAUGUUAGAACAACAUCCGGGAUGUGAUGCGUCCAUAAACACCACAGGGAAUGCAGGGAACAACUCGCCACUGGGAUCAGGUGGAAUAGAAGGACAAGGAGGACUUACUAAUGGUGUGAAUUCUGGUUGGUGGAGAAUUUGCUUUUUAUAAAUACUGAGAAAUUCGUUGCAUUCUACUGCCAUGCUUCACUAUCUCUAACUUAAUGAUAGAGUUAGUCGCUUAUUUGAAGGAUGUAUAAAAACCGUAAUUAUCAAAAUUCUCAAUGCUAAUUUUAGUUAUUAAUUAAGAUUUUCUUUGAUGAUUCCUUUGGAAGUGCCUCCUACAAGACUUAAGAUUCUGUUAAAUUUUGUUCUUUUCUUUUCAAAUUUCCUGCAUAUUUAUUUAAUUACCGACUUUUUUAUUACUAAGAAUCUCCAUUUAUUAAACUCCAAAUAUCAAGAACUAAAGUACAUUUCGGAACACUGUGGAUCGCCGUUUGAUCGCAAGAAAUUAAAUUUGUGGGUGCUAUUUGUAAGAGAAUCACUGAUCACUUUUUGAUUGUACUGUAGGUGGCGGUGGUGGCGGCUUCCAUAAUAAUGGACAUAAUGCAACGAACUCUGGUAAAGUAAAGGGAGAAGGAGGUUCAGGAUAUCUUCAGGGGGGAAAGGGUGGAGGGUUUGUUGGUGGGUUCGGAGGUGGCGGUGGUUUACAUUUUUCCAACAAGGGACCGGGCGGUGGUGGUGGUUACACUGGGGGAAGUGGCGGGGCUAAUGAUGAUAUUUCCUGUGGGGGAGGGGGAGGAUCUUUUAACAAUGGAACAAAUCAACAAAAUGAAUGUUGCUAUAAUAGCGCUGGUCAUGGUUGGGUAAAUAUUACAUUUCUCCGAUGAAGAGCACAUAGCAGCUGUUUUUAACGUGCACAAAAAAAGUUGUCUGUCAGUUUUUAAUAUUCUUGUGCAUUUCAAUCAUCCUAUUUCCUCGAAUAAGCACCCGGGCUCUUAUUUAAAAUUUAAACUUAAAGGGGGAAGGGGGGGGGGGGUGCUUACUAAGAAACUAUUCUAGCUGAAGCUCAUAAAGUUAUAUAUAAAGUGGAAAUAAAAAAAAAUAGGUUUUCCUCGUAUCCAAACUUUUUGAAAAAGUGAGAAAAAAGGAGGAGGACGCUUGUUUGAUAUUAUGGGGGUGGUGCCUAUUGGAGGAGGGGGCUUAUUAGGGUGUGGGUGGUUCCUCGAGGAAAUACGGUAUUACAUAUAUCUAAAAGUGAUUUUCAAUUGAUUGUGAAAGUUUCAUAUGAAAUCCCUUUUUUCCUUUGAUCAGCACAAAACUAAACUCAAUUUUUAUACGACCAGUUAGGCCCAUUAUUGGCUUUUCCGCCCUUUGGGCCGACUGAGUUUCCUCUGCCAUUGGCACUGGUUGUAAAUUAUCCUCAAAAAUAAGGGGUCUGGUUUGUGUUACGUAUAGCGUCCUUGGUUACUAUCACCAGAAUCCCCCAUUCGUGAAAUGUUAAAUUUAGUGUAACGAUUCCCAAUCAAGUGGAAAACGUUCUCAUUCACCUCUAACGGUUUCCUGCAAAAUGGAAAACCGGCACAGGGUUGAUACCGACUUGUAGAUGUGACCAUGAUCAGUGUUUGUUCCCUGAAGUAUAAAGGGGGGGGGAGGGGGGGGGGGGGGGGGGGGGAGCGUAACAAAGGACAUAUUUUACAGAUAGAGAUGACUGAAAUACAUGAAAUACGCUCGAGUUAACCGAGUUUGAGUUUGCGGCGUUAUAAAACGAGACUCAGUCAUCGUUUCAGUGGUCAGGAUGAAUAAUUCCAGAUCUGUUUCCUUUUCCAUAAUGCAGGGUAGAAGAGCAGUUAUAUAUACCAAGUUUACUUAGUUGCUAGAUUGUUAUUUUCAUGUCAACAUCCAGUAUAGUUUUCAAAAGGCACUUGUGCUCUUUCACUGAAGUGGAGGAGAAUAAUAUAAUUAGCAUAUUGAGAAAAGACGUUUGUGCUUGAUAACGACUAGAAAUUAAAUGUUUUGAAAAUUUUCAUGUUAGAAAGAGGAUCUCUCAGUUUUUAGUGUUGAUAGAAUAGUAUUUGCUCAUAACCUUAAUUUAAGUCACUAUGGUAAAUUUUGAUAACCACAGUUGAUUUUAGUCAAUAAACUGAUUUUUCUCGGUAUUUAUAGUUGUUUUGUUGUUGUUUUGUCAGAACUCUGAUUAUAGUAUUGAGAAUUCGGUAGUGUCCCAGCGAAAUUCCUUUGAAAUUGGCUAUCUUCAAAAGGUCACAACAACUAGCGAGAAGAUGAGUUACUUUCAGUCUCCUUCGCAGCCAUUCUCUGGACCUAGGAGACUGGGCGAGUUAUAACUCAGCCAAUUAGUAAUAUUCAAGUGGGCAAAAAAGCUAGCGAGAGGGUAAGGGGGGGGGGGGGGGGGCGAUUUCAAUGUUGAUCCUGCUAUGUUUGUCAAAUGUUCUGUUACUUGCUUUAGAUAACGCUGCCACAAGUUUGACGCUUAAACUAUAAACCUGGGGGUUGGGGGUGGAGCAUUUUUUACCGUAUCACCAAAAGUGACUCAAAUGGGGUCGACAACUGGCCACAGAAUAGACUGUCACGGGUAGGGGUUGGUAUAUCGCCAGGACUUCUGUUUCCUUCACUUCCAUUCCUCUUUCAGAGUGAGGCAGACGUCAGACCUAUCUCAGAACAGGUGAAACGCAGGACCUUCACGCAAACUUGUGAAACAUGGCUAUACUCGAGACGCGCAUCUUUACUAAAGGCUUUUAACUCCAGUCAUCUGAAAUAAGACCUGGCCUUUUACUUUCCUAAGGCGUUAUGUGUCAUAACUAGCUCAUGAUGACCGUUGUCCAGCAAAUUACUUUAGUGUUCAAGGCCGAGGAUUCAAACAACAAAUAAUUAAGUAACAAAUCAUGACUUUGGAAGGGUUAACCAUUUGCACGCUAGCCUGUAGUCCUUUGCACCGGCAGACGAUUUAGGCUACUGCUUGAAACCUCAAAUUGUCGAAACUCAACAUGUGAACGGCUUUUUAUUUCCAAAUUUAUAACAAACUUCGUGCUUCCCCUGCCCGCCGACACAGAAAGGACCAUAUAACGGCGGCAAUAAGGUAGCUGCCUUAUCGUAGGAGCUGUGCAGACGCUUUAAAAAAAACUUUACGACUCAGAGAAAUCCGUGAUAUUGACAGUGGUCAUGUGUUAUUUUCAGCAAAUUUUAUAAGAGCAAGAAUACUUGAAUGUUACCAAAUGUCGUCAUCACAUUGUAUUAUCUGAGUGUGAAUCCUUGAAAUUUCACAUUGCAAUAUUUAGGUAUGGAUCCUGGAAAUUUUGACACGGAAUUCCGAACAUUGAUUUAGAAAGCAACUAACUCUUUCACGUUGUAGCCUAAAUAAACUGACAAUCAUAUCAAGACAUGUAAAUUUUAGAUAUUUCAUAUUGGUUGGUAAAACCAGGUCAAAUGCAAUCUUGUAGUUGCAAGAAUUUAGGGGUCAGACAAGUAGCAAAAAAAAAAAAAAAAUCCACCAUGCCACAGGUCCGAUGGUGAGAGAAGAGAGUUGUUGGGACCCACCGACCAAACCCUAGAUCCGCCCUUGAUUGAUAUUUUUGGCUCCUAAAGGAGCCUUUUUGCGGGUCCUGCAAUGGAAGAAACGUUUAUCACCAUCACAACUUUCUGUUAUCCAGAAUUUAAAAUAAUCUCAAUUACAUAUACUCGUGACAUCAUAGAAUUAAGCUUCCUGUCACUUCAGAUUAUGUAUGUUCAUAGUCUAGUAGUUAUAAUCACAGUCGAAAAAUACACAUAAAAAUGAGAAUAAAAUAUUUACCUUUUUCAAAGAAAUUUUGGCAAAGUCUUCUGUAGGUCCGUAAUUAAAAAGUUGCAUUCUUGAGAGUCAAGCAAUUUCAGGGGAAGUCAAAAAACACUGUAAUAUUCGCUGAGAUGGUUGAGUAAGGUUAUACGAAACCUCAUCCUUGAAAUUAUCGGCAAGAGGGCUUGAAACGUCAAAUUUUCGAAAUUCAACACGUAUACGGCUUUUUAUUUCCAAAUUGAUAACAAAAUUCGUGCUUCCCCUACCCGCCGACAAAACAACAGAUUCUACUGAAAGUAAUAACUUUGCUGUCUUACCUGUUCUUGAAGUUCUUUUGUUUUAGUUAUGAUAAUUUCAAGUUUAGGUUCCAAGUCUCUCUAUUCUAUGGUGGUCGCCUGUCGUUUAUCAGGUAUCACUUCAAUGAACGAUACUCAUUUUUCUAAGACUAUAAGUUUUUGCUGAAGGGAAUCUGCUAAGCGGUCCAGGUAUCUGAAAACGGAAAGGACCAUAAGUUAUUAAUUAAAAUACAUAAACGUUUGCUCGGAAUAAAUAGAGAACGGCAGCAAUAGGAUAGUUGCCUUAUCGUAGGAGAUGUGUAGAUGCAUUUAAAAAACCUUUGCGACUUCAGAGAAAUCUGUGAUAUUGACGGUGGUCAUGUGUAAUUUUCAGCAAAUUAUAUAAGAGAAAGAAUACUUGAAUGAUACAAAAUGUCGUCAUCACACUGUAAUAUUUAAGUGUCGAUCCUGGAAAUUUUGACACAGAAAUCCGAGCACUGAUUGAGAAAGUAACUUACUCUUUUACACUGUAGCCCAAAUAAACCUUUUUUGCGGGUCCUGCAACGAUAGUAUUACAGGCUUUCCUAGAUGGAAACUUCUGGACCUAAUUUAGAUAGAUUUUUCAUGACCAUAAAGUUUCAAAAUGGGAUAAUCGUGGCUGAAAAGUUAAGGUCUUAACACAGAGAGUAAGAAAUUGAUUUAUGUAAAAUUGUGGCUAGAUAUGUUGAAAAGACAAUAAAAAAAGAAAGUCAAUAUUGAGUAUCUAUAUCUAGGAAAAUUUAGAUGUAUGUUUUCAUGUAUGUGAAAUGUCAAAAAGUAGGACCUGCAGUCCGAGCCCACUACCUGAUGUAUCAAAGCUUUCAGUGGAAAUUAGUGUUCAUAAUGAGUAUUUAUUGUAGACCCUCUAUACGCACUACCACCUCCCCGCCCCCACCCCCCAUGUUUUCAUAAGUACCUGCUUUGGCAGCCUGAAAAGAUUUGCAUACGAGUCCAUGAUAUUUUCGUGCCUCAAAAGUUUCAAAAUUGCAAAUAAGGGGCUUAUAAAAAAUCAUUCUUUUCAAUCCUGGGUGGCAUCAGCUGACAGUAAAAGCACCUGGCCCGGCUGUAUGGUGAAAUAUUAUCUUUUGUUUUUUCGUUUACUUUGUUUUAUCAAAUUAACCCUGAUGGCUUUCCGCAUGAAAAACAUUUUUGGGUACUUCCAACUUCAAGUUCUUCAAUUUCACUUGUCAAUAUGUAUUUUCUAAUUUCUUUUUUCGGGUAUGCGAGGAUCAUGUGGUUAUCAACGGUGAUAUUUAUAAAACGUUCCAACUUUAAACAAAGGAAAAGUAAUUGGGACUUCUUUAUUCUUGUGAGGUGCCACAAAGAGACCUGAAAGUUAUUUUAGGGUAUAAAAUUGUUUUCUUUGUUUUUAUAUACAUAUACUCGUGAAAGGGGAUUCAAAUAAAACAUUUGUUUAACAAAGACGAUAGUUGACAUUUUAGGAUCUAUUUCUUCUGUCACACUCAAUUAUCCCCUUAGGGAGUGCACGCUCGAGGGUAAAUUUCAGCGUUUCGCCUGUUAGUGCUUGUUAAUACACAGUAUGCAUAGAAAACGUUUGUUACAUCUUUAGAAAUAGAAAGCCAGGACAUAGAUAGCGUAUAUCGAGUUUGUCAAAAUUGCUUGACGUACCAUAGAGUUCAUAAAGUUGAGAGGCUUGUGAUUUAUAUGCGAGCGACUAAUUUUGUUUUCUUGCCCUUUUCAUAAUACGCAUAUUGGUCGAAAGCAAUCGAACAAUGUCCUUAAUUUUUGUACGGUAUUCUACCGGCAGCAGGCCCAGCAUUACGAGCCCAUCAGCAUAAGAGACGUUACUCGGUGGGUAGUUAAGAAUAAACUUAGUUGGACACCUUUAGAUGUUCUCAAUUAAUGCUCCAUGUAUGAUGGUGCAAGGAGAGCAUAGGAAGGAGCAUUAUUUAAGUUUGGGUCUGACCGCAGGAUAUUACAGCAGCUUUCUUAUCUAAACGUGAUUGACAUCGCGGCAAACUCGCCUGAUUUGCGAAGGGUUUUGUUGGCCUUUGAGGUGAUUUCUUCUGCAUGCUCUACCCAUUGGAGAUCACGGUUAUCAGUGAUGCCUAUGUCUUAUGCUUAAGGUACACACUAGAGCGAUGUCCAUCAAGGUCAACCAAGGUCAACUUAAGGAGUUUUCUUCUUAAAGAUGUGAACAGAUUUGCAUUUUGCAGCGUUGAAAGCUAUGCAGCUUGGUGAAUUCACCAAUUUCCUGGGGGUAACCAGCAAGAGUGACAACAUAUUUGCGGUUGAAAGUAGAUUCUAUGUUCAUUACCAGAGCCACUUCGAAGAUACCGUUAUGAAGAUAUACUUAUAUAUAGAUAUACUGGGUUCGGAAGAAAAUAAUCAACUUAGGAAGUCUUACUUGUUAGUGGGAUUUUCUGGAGAUUUUUGCUUCGUUAUCUUAUUCUGCCGAAUUUACAGGAAUAUUUUUUUUAA